AUGUUCUCUCUCAAGAACUUUGGUCGGACUGGCCGCAAUGAUUUCUCGCUUGAAUUGAGAGACAAAGAAGACUGGGUUGUAGGAACGUUGAAGACUUUGGAGUACCAUCUAGACAUCACCGCGUUUGCAAUAGAUCCCGUCUCGAGUUUAUUGGCCAUUGGAUGUACUGCUGGUACAGUACGGAUUUUGGGUUCCCCUGCGGUGGAAUCGAUCUUGAAGCUGCCCGACACUAGUUCCAUUAGAUUCAUCCAAUUUGCAACGAACCUUCUCAAGCUUAUUUGUAUUGAUGAUAACAACAAGCUCUAUUUAUGGGACCUAACGUCCAUCGGAAACAUGAAAUUGGAAGUUACCACCAGUUUCAAGUCACCCGUAAAGUCCGUCUACCUCAUUAUAAUCGUAGCCGGCAUCACUCAAGUAUGUUCUUUGAAGCUGCAUUGCACUCUCUCCCUCGCACACCCACCUGUUGCUCUGCAGGUAUAUGUCGGGCUGGACUCUGGCGAGAUCAAGACCUACGAUCUUCUGUGUCGCCGCCAAUCUUCAUAUACCAUACCCAACGCUUGGGAGCUGUAUGAAAAGAAGAUGUUUGCUUCUGGAAUAGUUGGCGAUUUUGAUGCAGCAUCACGAAUACCCGUUGAUAUUGUCAUACACCCUCGAAACCUCAAUCUCCUCUUCAUCGCAUAUGCAGGCGGCGUGAUUUUGACCGAUCUGAAAGAACGCAAUAGCCUACGUGCCUACGAACUCGUAUUACCUCCUGGGGCACCAGGGGGUGGAGGUUACACUAGUCCAGAUCUCUUGGCCCACCGCCGUCCGACGGUCACUUCAUUGGCUAUUCAUCCUGCUGGACACUUCUUUGUGGUAGGUCAUAUCGACGGAUCGUUCGCAUUCUGGGCAGUCGAAGAUGAGGAUCAACCUUUGCUUGUCCGGACACUGGACGACCUGGACAUCCAUGUUGUUGAUGGGCAUAAACUAGAGGAGAUACUCCCAAAAUAUCAUAGACCGAUGAUGGAUGGUCAACAGCGCAGCCUUCGCGAACCGAUCUUCAAGCUUUCAUGGAGUGGAUCUCCCAAUCCAUCCGAUCCACGAGGAGGAGAAACCUCUUUGGCCGUGCUUGGCGGUCAGUUCAAUGGUGAUCCCUCCGGUAUCAACGUCCUUUGGCUUCCACGGUUUAAUCCACCGGAUGCCCCUGCCAGUUCUGUUGCUACAACAGGGCUACAUCCAUUCUUCCGCAAAGCUAUCCGACAAUCUAUCGAUCCUUUGGAUGCCUACUUCUACGCGACUUCAGGAAUAACGCAAGAUUUCUUACUCAUACCCCGCGACAGUCCUCACUUCUCAGGUGCUUGGGAUCCAGUUGCCGUACUACUUCUCUCAGAAGGUGAGAAACAGACGAGGACAAUUGAAGCAUAUGAAUAUCCGCCUCCCGGCUUUCUGGAAGCUGCUGAAGAAUCUGGAGGUCCUUCGCGGGCUAUACAAUCAGAAAACCCAGAAGACGCGUUGGAUACCAAUCUGGCCGCGACUCUUCAGUCGAUGCAAACCAGCCAUGAGCCUCACAAGUUAACUCUACCAACGACUUUGUGGACUGGUUCGGAUGGUUUGAUUAGUGGAGCCCUUGUACUCCUAGACAGGGUGGCAUACGAUCAGCUUAUCGAGAGUGGUACUGAACUCUCCCACCGCGCGUUGAAACUGGAAGGGGGUGUCGCCGUCCCAGCAGAAAGUGUACAGAGUAAUAUAAAAUUAGCGAAGUAUGAACCUCAUCGCAUCCUGGUGACACGACACAAUGACUUGUCCAUCCGUUUCCUUGAUGUCUCUGUACAACUUCAAAUUUCAAAUGGAAACGCUCCCUUGACUUCUUCGUUUCCUAACCCCCUUCCUGCUCUCACCAUAGAUUUGUUGACGGUACUGGCAUCUCCUACAAUCACUUCUCGAAUCCCCCCAAAUCUAGUCAGUCGAGCACGGUUAGAAGACGUGCGAUUCACCAAUGAGGCUUUGGAAGUUGCAGCUAUCCUCACUAGCGGUGAAGUCAUAGUAUACAGGCUCAGGGAUGGGGUUGAUGGCGAUGUUAUUAAUCGAAAGUUGCCGGAUGAACAGCUCGUGCUCUUGGAACAUAUUCCAGUAAAGCAAGGUUUACGGUACAAGCCCUUUUUCAUGAUGAAUUCUACGGUGCAAACAAGUGCCUGCGCAAUGUCUGACAUAGGCUUUCUGGCAGUCGCUUACAUCGAUGGCUCCUUGUCCAUUGUGGAUAUGCGCGGUCCGAACAUUGUCUAUCACAUCUCCAGCGAGCAACAGAGGAAGUCCAAAAGGCAUAGUCUUGUCCCUCUUCACAAAGCUCCCGAAGCAGAUGCUAUCACAGCUUUGAGCUGGACUAUCUGCAGCCUCCAAAUAGAUGAAAUACCCCGUCUCCGUCUCGUCGCUGUACGCGCCUCGGGACUCACCAACAUUUUCACCCUCGCCCGUUCCCAAUCUGGCCCUUGGGUUGUCUCUGCAGUAGCCCACGAAACUGAGACUUUGGCCAACACGCUACCGAUGGGAAUAUUCGUGUUGGAUGCACACACUGGUGCUAGUUGCAGGGCAGAUCGCAAUCGUCUCGCCAUAUCUCUGGAACGUCAGUCCGGUAACAUGGGCAUGGGAGCUGAUAGGAAACAUGUCGAGGGGGAGGAGGGGCCGCGGUGCUUCUUGAUCGUGGCUGGUGAGAAGGGAGUCAGGUCCUUCGCCGAUCUGGGUGAAGAGCGGGUGGCGAGAGCCGAAUGGGGUAGCAAAGUCGGUUCGGUGAAUGCAGUGCAAAUUGUAGAGCGCAACGGAUCAUACGCUCUAGUAGCAUUUACCGAUAGGCACGACGCCCUUGUGUAUUCUCUUCCGGCCCUAGAAUUAAUGCAUACCAUACCGCUCCCGACGACUUCCCCUCUAUCACCUUCCGCAGAUGCCAGCGGCGACUUCUUCACUCUCUCCCCGCUUGGAUCACAGUCAGCGCCAAUCCGCCGUGCUCAUCUGCACACGCUCUUCGAUGUGCGACGCGGGUACCACACGCCCCUCGUAGCCCUGACUGAACGCGCAGAUGGCACAACUAGAACAGUCCCACCGCAACCGCAACCCGUCAGUAUUGGCCCAGCGGGGUUGCUCAGCACCGCUAGCUCAUGGUUUGGCGGACUCGUCGGACAAGGCAGCGUCAGUGGAGAUCAGAUUGAUGCCCUGUUGGCUGGACCGGACCGUCCCAUCCCCUUGAAACCCGCGGCGCCCGCUGCUGGAAAAUCAAAAUAUGCAGACUGGGAGAGUAACCCGGCCGGUUCCACCGCUGCGGAAGCGUCGCGCACGCAGAGUAGCCUAUACGACCGGCUCCACGCCGCCGUUGCUGAGAGAGGAGAGAUGCUCCAAGGCCUGGAGGAGAGCUUCAACUCGUUGGAGCAGGGUAGCAAGAGUAUGGUUGCUCAGGCAAAACGGUUGGCUGCGCAGCAGACUGCGAAGAGUUGGUUUGCGUUCGGCUGAUUAACUCUAUGAGAGAAAAACGAUACCUGAUUGGCCGAAAGGGUGGUGCAGAUUUAUACGUGUGCUCAUUUCUUUUGCUGCUCGAAUUCCAAAUGAUAUGAAAAUGUCUAUCGAAAUUACCAAAUUGCACCUGGUAUAACCUGAUUUACAGUUAGGUACCAAAUGCUCUCUACUAUGCCGACGUAUCCUUGACGAAAGCGGCCAUAGGUUAGACGCUUCAUUUACAUUUUUCCGCUUUCUUUCCCGUCACCGCCGUCUUUACCCAUGAAGAAGUUUGUAAGACCCGCCGUCGCCCUUUUGCGCUGUUCGUUCAGCAUACCAAUAAACCCAUCCUCAGAUGUCGUUUCGUGCUUGUGGUCCC